CUUCAGCCGGUCUUUGAAGAAUCCUCACAUACAACAUGGGGAGGGUCUCCUCCAGGAGGGGGGUCCUUUGUCCUAUAUAUAGCCCCUAUUUCCUUUAGCUGCCUAUACCCUCCCACCGCUUCCCCAGACUGGACCCUUUUGGUAUUGUCUCCAGCUUCAUCGUUGUCAGAUGUAAGUUAGGCUGGGGGUGUGUGAGGGGUGUGCGGGGGGUGUGUGUGACACCCCUGUGUCUGAUUGGCUCCUGAACCUGCUCUUGCUACUAUAAAACAUGUGGAUUUAGCAGCAGAGAAGCAUCCCUUUAACUGACAGGAAGAGAAGAGGCAAAUUAAAAUUAUCCUAUUCCAGCUUUACAACAGGCUCUGAAUUCAUAAAAAAAGCUUAAAAUGCCAGAGAACAAGUGCCUGCAUCUGAACACACCACUCAGAGAUAGUGUGCCUUUGUCCAAACUAGCUGGAAUCACAGUUUACCUGAAGCUUGAUAAUGCACAGCCAACAGGGUCCUUCAAAAUUCGGGGUAUUGGUAAUCUGUGCAAGACGUGGGCAGAACGAGGCUGUAAGCAUUUUGUCUGCUCAUCAGGAGGAAAUGCUGGUCUGGCAGCUGCUUACAGUGCCCGUAUGCUCUCCAUCCCCGCUACCAUUAUUGUGCCCAUCACUACACCCACAUUUACAAUCCAAAGAAUGAAAGAUGAAGGAGCCUCAGUCUUUGUUGUGGGAGAGAUAUUGGAUGAGGCCAUUGAGCAUGCCAAAGAGCUGGUGAGGAAUAACCCAGGAUGGGUGUACAUUCCCCCCUUUGAUGAUCCAUUGAUAUGGGAGGGUCACACCUCACUCGUGAAAGAAAUUAAAGCCAGUCUUCCUUCCAAACCUGGUGCCAUUGCCUUGUCCGUGGGAGGUGGCGGCAUGCUUUGUGGAGUGGUCCAGGGACUCAGAGAAGAAGGAUGGGAUGAUGUUCCUAUUAUUGCUAUGGAAACCAGGGGAGCUCACAGUCUUAAUGCCGCCCUUCAAGCUGGAAAAUUAGUCACCUUACCAGAAAUUACCAGUGUAGCUAAAACGCUGGGAGCCAAAACUGUAGGAGCUCAGACCCUAAAAGUGGCCCAGGAGCAUCCAGUGUUUUCAGAAGUCAUUUCUGACCAAGAAGCUGUGAUGGCUAUUGAGAAAUUUGCAGAUGAUGAGAAAAUGUUAGUGGAACCUGCUUGUGGUGCUGCUCUAGCUGCAGUGUACAGCAAUGUGGCGGAAAGACUGAAAAAAGAAGGAAAACUGAGCCCAGAUCUUUCCUCUCUGGUUAUUAUUGUUUGUGGAGGUAACAACAUCACCCUAGCACAGCUCUUCCAGCUAAAGAAACAACUGGGCAUGCUCUCCAAAAGCUCGGCCUAGAUCCACAGCAUCAUACUUCAUGGACUUCUAAGAUCUACUACAUUCUUCAUAGCAAUAUCUCGUAUGCACAAGGAUUCCUAGGUCAUUUGUCUCCUCAUGCAGUAGGCAGGGGAAGAUCAAUGACAGACCACUCUUACUUCCUUUCAGCUAUAUGAAAACAUUUCCAUUUGUUGCAUGCCUUGAAGCAAUUAUUGGACACGACUAACAGCAUAUUCUUCGUCACACAGGUGGACCAGUGGUCCAACUUACUUCUAGAAGGCAAAUGGCUCUGAAAUGUCAGGAACUGUAAAUAUACACAUUUGUAUAAGCAGAUGUAAUCUACACACUAGAAACUGUGGUUGGAAUGUUUGGACCUUUUUGUAGUAAAACAAUAUAUAAAGCACUAUAAUACAUAGCAUAACGUACUAGAGACUAAUCUGUAUCCAUAAACCUAUCAAUGGGGGGUUCCAUCAUAUCUCAACCCCCAAAUCCUGAUGCACACAGAGUUGCGUAUUUAUUAACAUUAAAGACAAACAUCACUGGUAAUGUUGUCCAUAGCAACUAUCUUUGCUUUUGUUUUCUAACUUGUAGGUGACUGUUCAAAACCAACUGCUGAUUGGUUGCUAUGGGUUGCCAUCACCGGUGUGAUGUUUGUCCCCAGUGUUAAUAAAUACAGCCCAGCUUGUACAUUAGCAGCAAAUAUUUCCUUAGCAUUGGACAGAGAACCAUUUUUAUAAUGGUUCCUUAUUUCUAUGAGAUAAAGCUCAUAAAUUACUAUUGCAUUAAUAUUGACUUUUUGCAAUAGUUCCCUUUUAACAGGCCUUCAUUUACUGACAUGAGCAGGUAACUCGUUUAAAAACAAAGACCAAGAAAAUGGCUGCAGAUUUAAGACAAUAUCUCCAGUUUUUAUAAUGUCUUUUUGUGUUCAGUUUCUUUUGUAAAAAAAAAAAUGUUUGUUAUUAUUUAGUAUACAACUAUGGUUUUAAUACAACUAUUUAAGUAGAAAACGCAGAAUACUGGUGAUUUCAUUUUUGUUUUUUAAACUAAGGUAUGUAAUGCUACUCUUCAAAUGUCACUGAAAAGUCAUGUAUUAUGGAAAAGUACAAAGGUAUAUGCGCAGUUGGGAGGGAGUAUUAAAAUAAGGUGAUAUGGCCCUUACCAAGCACAGGUUAAAUUGUUUGCUGGACACAGACUACAGCUGGCCACAGACAAACCAAUUUCUGGAUAUAUGUUAAAGGCCAACUUGCAGGAUACAAUGCAAUAUGGCUACACACAUGCAUGCCUAAUUUGCACUGACUUGUUGCAGCAUGCCAUUGAUCUCUAGAGCAAUGCAGAUCACACACUGUUCCAAGAUGAGACAGUAGAACCAUUCGAUCAACAGCAGCUCUAGUGUGUAGGUGUCAGCAAGGCUGCCUUUAGAAGCCCCAUGGUGGGGGGGGGGGGGGGCAAGAUGGAAAAGCAGAGCUUGCAGGCAGGUGGGGCAUAAGUGGAGUUUUUGGCCACAGUGGAUCAGGGCACGACCAUGCAUAAUGGGGCUUUUUUCCCUUUUUAAUUGGGGCCUGUUAUUACUUAUUGGCGGAACCCACCUCUCAAGGGGUCCAGGUAACAAGAGGGCUAAUAAUUGGGGCCCUGCCAACAAAGCAGGACCAAACGCCAACAGAACCUGUCUGUGACGUCGCAGAGUCAUAUCUACCACCCAUUGUAAAUCAAAAAGUAGUGAUACAAUUGCUCCAACAUUGAGUUCUGGUGCCCUCGUAGGGCAGGCAAUUCAAUCUCAGAAAUGCUCAUUUUUAGAGUGAUAAUUGCCUGAUAUGCGAGUGCACCAGCAAGAUUCCCAAGAUUACUUAAUAAAGGGUCAGUUGUAACCCAAUUCCUGACUGCCAGCAGGCUGAAAACUGUGCAGGCAGCAAACCUGAGAGUAGUUGUGUAGAAAUUACUCCACUAAUGAAGUUUCAAUCUGAGCUCACCCCAAGAUCUUAACUGUGUAAAGAGUGCAGCACCACAUAUUAUCCCACCAUAUGUUUCAGUGCAUCUGUUCACUUUGCCUAUGCCUCAACAGGAUAUACAAAGCAGUACAGUAGUUAAUGUGCCUUUCAAAUAAAGGGUUUUUGAUCCUCAUUAUCAGGCUAGGUUCCUGAAAGGUAAUCUAGUAUCCAUGCCAUAAAAGCAAGGUAGGGUUUCUCUAAUAUGUUGGAAAAGUGUAGCAUUAUAAAUACAAUUAUCAGGAAAAGGAUGGCAAUAACUUUCACGCAGUACAGUGAACUACUACUACUUUACACAAUAUUACACUUAAGGUAAGCAUUUUGUAUUCUGCUUCUCCCUCCUUUCUAAUAUCUAAAGUCUAUCAAGUUGGCAAUAUGUCUUUAAAGGGACAGAUGAACAAGGGAUCACUAGGGCAUAAAUUGCAGCCAGGUAAUUUUUUCUGUUUAAAAGGCAGGUGAAGGCAAGAAGUACAGUUGUUACUGUGCUGUAUCAAACUGUUACAAUCUGAUUUUAUUAAUACAAUCACAUAUAUAGCAACAUUUCAUAAAAACUGAUGCAUAAUAAAAUAAUUAACUUUUCAUUGAAAAAAAUUAUUGCUCUGUAAUCAGCUUUACAAAGAACACAAUUGCAUAUGAAGAGCGCUUGCUGCAGAUGCGAAUUCUUACAUCUCUUUGGUUAAGUGCUGUUUGUUCAUUUUGUACAAAUAGUCUCACUGCAUUCAUCACAAGAGGCUUCAGUAGUACAAAAUGUGAUAAAGAUCAGAGCGCUUAACAAGCAAACCUGCAAGGCUCCACUAUCUAGUACCUACUUCAGGGUUUUUCAGCCUCUGCUCUUCAACUGUUUAAAGAACAACUCCCAUCAUCCCAAGCAAAAAGGUUGAGAAUUCUGAGUGAGUUUGAACUUAAGAGCUGGAAGAGCCAGAAAUAUGCAUUUAAAUUCCAAGCGCAGUAAAAAUGAAGUGUGUGCAGUUUCAUUCCAAGCAAGAAAAGUCAUACUAUUACAAACACAGACAAAAGACAGAUAGAAAAAUACAGAGGCACCCUAAAAGCACAGAGCAGAUCCCUUUAUUCUAGAAAUAUGAUAUCCUGCAGACAUGGCUCUAAAUGAGUCCUUUAGUGCACUUUAUCCUUCUGUAGUGAGUAGGCAUGGCAACCCCUGAAUUCAAAAGCCACUCUAGCAAGUACCCAUGGGACACAAAUGAGUAACUUAUGGGCUGCUAAAUGACCACGCAAAAGCCUGCGAAAUUCAGUAUUAAGAAGGAGCCCAAUUGUCUUAUAUUUUAUGGCCUCAAACCACCGUGCACUGUAAUGGAUGAACUGACAGAAUUAUGUUAAAUGUAUAACAAGCUUGUCUCGCUAUCAAAUAACAAUUAGUUUUCUAAAGGAAAGGUGUCUAAAGAAUCUCAAUGGUUAACAAUGAGUCAAUUUGCUUUGCUCCACAAAGCUCUGAUUCUGCAGACUCGUGCAAGCACUAAAAAAAAAAAAAAAAAAAAAAAAAAAAAAAACCAUAUCUGACUUCCUGCACACAGCUCAGUAAAAAAACAGAUCUGUAUUUCUAAAUGUUGCAGAGGGAGCAGAUUCUUUAUGAAACAUUUCUCUGUCAUAAACAUUUGAAAUGCUGAAUCUCUGGCAACAAAGCGAAAUACUAUGAUCGUGUUUUGGAUCACUAUCCUGUGAAAAGCUAACAGUUUCUGCUUAUAAGCAGCGCUAAGGAGAAGAAGAAAAAAAAAAA